CUCCAAGAGCAGGAAACCCGGAGCAGCCGGGCGCAGCGGGGCCGCGAUGCAGCAGCAGCAGCAGCAGGAGUCGCCCCAGGGCAGCAGCGGCACCGGCAGCAGAGGCAGCAGCGGGCGGCGCUGAGCCGCCACCACCGCUACUGAGGAAGAAGCCGGCCCAGCUGCAGCCGCGUCCCAACGCCCGCGCCCCCGAUCCCCGCGCCGCGACCUCGGCGCCCUGAACCCCACGCCCGAUUCCGCCAACUUUCACGCUGCUUCGGCGGCUCGGCCCGGCUUGGCGCCAAUGGUGGAGGCCAUAGUGGAGUUUGAUUACCAGGCCCAGCACGAUGAUGAGCUGACGAUCAGCGUGGGUGAAGUCAUCACCAACAUCAGGAAGGAGGAUGGAGGCUGGUGGGAGGGGCAGAUCAACGGCAGGAGAGGUUUGUUCCCUGACAACUUUGUAAGAGAAAUAAAGAAAGAUAUGAAGAAAGACCCUCUUUCCAACAAAGCUCCAGAGAAGCCCAUGCAUGAUGUAUCCAGUGGAAAUGCUUUGCUAUCUUCUGAAACCAUUUUAAGAACCAAUAAGCGAGGCGAGCGACGGAGACGCCGAUGCCAGGUAGCAUUCAGCUACCUGCCCCAGAAUGACGAUGAGCUUGAGCUGAAAGUCGGAGACAUCAUAGAGGUUGUAGGAGAGGUAGAGGAAGGAUGGUGGGAAGGUGUACUCAAUGGGAAGACUGGAAUGUUUCCUUCCAACUUCAUCAAGGAGCUGUCGGGGGAGUCGGAUGAGCUUGGCAUUCCCCAGGAUGAGCAGCUGUCCAAAUCAAGGCUUGAAGGUUUCCCUCCAGCUUCUCUGCUACCCUUUCCAGCUCAUGGAGCAAAAGGAAAGACUACCUUUGAAGGGACAAUUCUGUAUCGUGCUGCACCGGGAAAGACGGAGAGCCACAGACGCUAUUACAGCUUAAGAGAGACCACAGGUUCCGAGAGUGAUGGUGGUGAUUCAAGCAGUACCAAGUCGGAAGGUGCCAAUGGGACAGUGGCACCUGCAGCCAUCCAGCCCAAGAAAGUCAAAGGAGUGGGCUUUGGAGACAUUUUCAAAGACAAGCCAAUUAAACUAAGACCGAGGUCAAUCGAAGUAGAAAAUGACUUCCUGCCGGUAGAAAAGACAAUUGGGAAGAAGUUACCUCCAGCUACAUCAGCUCCAGAUCCAUCAAAAACGGAAAUGGACAGCAGAACAAAGACCAAGGAUUACUGCAAAGUAAUAUUUCCAUAUGAGGCACAGAAUGAUGACGAAUUGACAAUCAAGGAAGGAGAUAUAGUGACUCUCAUCAAUAAGGACUGCAUCGAUGUAGGCUGGUGGGAAGGAGAGCUCAAUGGCAGACGAGGAGUGUUCCCUGAUAACUUUGUGAAGUUACUUCCUCCGGACUUCGACAAGGAAGGGAAUAGACCCAAGAAACCGCCACCUCCAUCUGCUCCUGUCAUCAAACAAGGAGCAGGUACCACAGAGAGAAAACACGAAAUUAAAAAGAUACCUCCUGAAAGACCAGAAACACUUCCAAACAGAACAGAGGAGAAAGAAAGACCAGAGAGAGAGCCAAAACUGGAUUUACAGAAGCCCUCUGUUCCUGCUAUCCCACCUAAAAAGCCUCGGCCACCUAAGACCAAUUCUCUGAACAGACCUGGUGCAUUGCCCCCAAGAAGACCUGAGCGACCAGUGGGCCCACUGACGCACACCAGGGGUGACAGUUCAAAGAUUGACGUGGCCAGCAGCGCACUCUCUGGCAUCCUGGACAAGGACCUCUCAGACCGCAGCAAUGACAUUGACCUAGAAGGUUUUGACUCGGUGGUAUCAUCUACUGAAAAACUCAGUCACCCAACCACAAGCAGACCAAAAGCUACGGGGAGGCGGCCUCCAUCUCAGUCGCUCACAUCUUCCUCCCUUUCAAGCCCCGAUAUCUUUGACUCCCCAAGUCCCGAAGAAGAUAAAGAGGAACACAUUUCGCUUGCGCACAGAGGACUAGACGUGUCAAGGAAGACUUCCAAGACUGUUACCAUAUCCCAAGUGUCAGACAACAAGACAUCCCUGCCACCCAAGCCAGGGACCAUGGCAGCUGGCAGCAGUGGGUCAGCCUCUCUGUCCUCAGUGGCCUCCUCCUCCAUGCCAUCGUCUUUGGGAACAGCUGGACACAGAGCCAACUCUCCAUCUUUGUUCAGCACAGAAGGAAAAGCAAAGAUGGAGCCUGCGGGCAGCAGCCAGGCUGCUGUUGAGGAGCUUAGGACACAAGUCCGCGAACUGAGGAGCAUCAUUGAAAGCAUGAAGGAGCAGCAGAAACGUGAGAUUAAGCAAUUACUGUCAGAGCUGGAUGAAGAAAAGAAAAUCCGUCUUCGGUUGCAGAUGGAAGUGAAUGACAUAAAGAAAGCUCUUCAAUCAAAAUGAAUACUUGAUGAUUGAGAUGUUACAUUAUUCACCCUGAGUCCAAGACUCAAAUUUUCUGCCCCAGCCAAAAUCAUCUUGUGCCAAAAGAUUAAAGGUUUGCCUCACCACGUCCCUGUUUGAAUGAUUAGCACAGAAGUCUUGAUAGCACAACACAAAUCCCAUCCAAGAGGAGACUCUCUCCCACGGUGUCGUCCUGGAUCUGGCAGUGCUUGUGAUUUAUAGCCAAUUGUGCUAAAGGCUUUUCUACCUUUGAGAUCUCCUGCGAAAUGAAAACUCAGGCAGUUUAGUCCAUAGUAGUACUAUUUUGAUGAUAUUUUCCAUUAAUAAGAUGUAAUUUCAGAUUAUUCGUUUACAGGCUUUAUAAUUUUUUGAUUUUUUUUAAAUCGUGUUUUGUCACAGACACCCCUAGUGUUUGUGCUAACCUAGUCAAAAGCAAGUGUCUUGCUCACUUGCUGCAGGCGGGACGAACACCACCUAGCUUUGUAGUCCCCUUUAGGAUUCUAUUACAUAUGCAAUUUGAGGUCCAACCCUUCCCUUUCCCUGCCAGCCAACCCCCACCACUCUGAGAGAAAUUUUAGCUUAUAUAUGAUGGUAUAUUUACAAAAAGAGAAAGAGAAAAUCUGGUAUUUGCAAUGAUCUGUGCCUUCUUUCUACCACCCUCUUGAUUGGAGCUUUUGUGAUGCAGCUACCAUGAUUCCAAAUUAAAAAAAAAAAAAAAAAAAAAAAAAAAUCAGCCACUUAUCCUUGUCCACUAGAGGCCGCUGUCUUCGAAGCUUCUCUCACCAUUAGCCAAAGGUCCUAAGAGGAGACAGCUGCCAAGUCUGGCCUGCUCUUUGGUACCAGCUGUGACUUUUCAGUUUCUCCUACUUGGAGGUGGUUCAUGAAACUAGAAAUGUCAUUCCAGCUUGAUUGUUUUAUCAUCAGCCAAGUUAAACCCCUGCUUCCUGCCUUUUACACCUAUUGCGUGAACAGAAUAUGCAUUAUUAAAGCAAAAAUAAAUAAAAAUAAAAUGCAAAUGAAAACAGGGGGGGAGUUGGAUUAUUUCCUGCACUGGGUUAUGUGUGUGCGUGUGUUAUUGUUUAAACUGUAUUCACAGUGUCAUUUGCCUUGCGCACUUGUAACCCCCUCCCGAGAUCCAGGAGAAUGGGAGGAGGGUCUUGUGGAAAUGUAGCUAUUGGAUCUUUCCUGCACUUAUGGAAUUGCUUUUUUCUUUCUCAAUGAAACUGACGUUUGCUUGUCUGCUUUAUCUUUAUAGUACAUGAACAGUUCAGCCUUAGACUAUGUAACUGUUUUCUCAUCCCUAGCUGAAAAUGAGGGGGGGGGGGCAUCCUGUACUGCAAGAUUGUUGAUGGGAUAGAGGUGAAGGGGGUGGUCCCUUAAUGGUCCCCAAAUAUGUUUGAUGUGUUUCUAAACUGCUGCUUUGUCUAUUUCCUGCAUUUUACAGUGAAACUACUAAACAUGAAUAGGUUUUUCACUACCACAAAGAAUGAGCAUUGACGACACCGAAGGAAUGAUGGGAAAACCUCACAUUAGUCAUCAUUGAAAAUAGAACAAAUAAAUGUCUCUUCCUUUUUCUUCCUGUCUCCCUCCCUAUGCCUUGUUCUCACUUGCAUACUUGUCCUCUCUGCUCGAGGCUAUCCCUCCCCUCCAUGUAUUUACAGAGUCCUAAUGCCCUAGCCUUCAUGGGUGGGGACACAGUUAAGGGAAGGGAAUGUGUAAAGAAAUCAUUCUUCAUUCCCAUGUGUGAAUAUAUUUGCCUUUUGAGCAGCCAUGGUCUCAGUCUGCUUGGGGCCAAGAGCAAAAGGUUUCUCUAAGCAGUGUAGCUCAUUCCUGUCCCCCUUCACUGUGCUAAGCCUUUCUGCAUUACACUUGAAGCCUUCAGAGAUUUCCUGCCACCUAUCACAAUAGUGAGGACUAGAUUCUUGAUGUCCAAAUUCCUCAUUUGUUAGAAAAUCCCUAAUUGAUGAUAUAGGAUGUUUAUGCAGAGGAAGAUCAUUAACAAUGAAACUGAGAGAUUGGAGCAUCCUCAGUGGGUGCUGGUGACACGGACUGUAGAAGGCUGUCUUCCCCUAAGAGAGUCAUUGGAUUGCUUGGGGGGGGGGGGAGAGGGGGGGGGAGUGAUUAUAGGGAAAUGAGCUGGUAUAUCUAGCUUCUUCAUUACCAUCCCUUGGGCUAACCAGCAAGAAGAUUGCGCAUCACAGAACUGGAUGAGACACUGCCCAAACAGCCACCAUCUUUACUCUUGACCAAAUGGACCCAUCAAGAAUAUUGAAAAGCUCGGAAUGAUCACUUUUUUGAAACUUAAAAUUCCUUUGCAUUCAGCAUGGACUCAGCCAGGCAUCUAUGGAGAUUAUUUUUUUGCUUCAUUUUCUAAAGUUGUAUUUAGAAAAGUCUUACGUAUUGUGCUUUGUAAAAGAAGAUGAUUAAAAUGAAACUUUGUGAAAAUAUUUUUGUUCAAAGUUGUCAUGGUCCAAGAGGAAUGAUGUCUUGGAAAACAAACCCCUUUUCCCUAUUUUACACAAUUUGAUUACUCUGACAGAAAUGUCCUUAGAAGACAUGAAGUAAUCCAUUAAAAUCUGUGCCUGUGAAUUCCAUUUUUUAAAUUGUUAGAUUUUUACAUUCCUAUCGAAGCAUAAAAUGCUAGUUAGGUAUAGAUUCUUUUUUAGUGUAAAAACCAUUAAAUUAUCAUUAUUGGAAUAACUGUGUAAAGCCAUUUUUAUUUGUACACAACCCUCAAGGCAGCACAUUCAAGUGCAUGAUCCAUUUUUCUCCAAUAAGAACAUCCUGUAUCUAUCA